CGGGCGGCAGCGGGGAGGCGUCGCACUCCAUGGUAACGACGCCGGCCCGAAGAUGGCGGCCGCUGGGUCUGGAGUAGCGGGCGGCCCGGGACCAGGGCCGCGAGGCCGCUGGGGCGGCUGCCUGUGGGUGCGAGGCGUCCUGCUCGUGCUGGGCGGGCUCCCGGCCGGCGCCGCGGCUGCUCCAGUCUCCCUGGGCACUUCGCCUCCGUGUCGGCAUCACGUCCUUUCGGACACUGAGGUCAUAAAUAAGGUCCAUCUUAAGACAAGUCAUGUCACAAAGAGAGAUGCGGAUGGGCAUUUACGAAUCAAGACUAUCUAUGAUCAGAGCAUUGAAGAGUUGCUCCCCGAGAAAAGAUAUCUUGUAAAGAACAAACUUUUCCCACAAGCUAUUUCUUAUUUAGAGAAAACAUUUCAGGUUCGAAGACCUGCUGGCAGGAUCUUACUUAGCAGACAAUGUGCGACAAACCAGUACCUACGGAAGGAAAACGAUCCGCACCGAUACUGCACUGGGGAGUGCGCCGUGCACACCAAGUGUGGGCCUGUUAUUGUGCCCGAGGAGCACCUCCAGCAAUGCAGGGUCUGCCGAGAGGGAAAGUGGCCAUGUGGAGCGGUGGGUGUGCUAGACCCUGAGGGCGUGCAGGAUGCGGACUUUGUUCUUUACGUAGGUGCUCUAGCCACUGAGAGAUGCAGCCAUGAGAACAUCAUCUCUUACGCGGCCUAUUGUCAACAGGAGGCGAAAAUGGACAGGCCCAUAGCAGGAUAUGCUAACCUGUGUCCAAAUAUGAUCUCCACCCAGCCACAAGAGUUUAUCGGGAUGCUGUCCACAGUGAAGCACGAGAUCAUUCAUGCCCUGGGCUUCUCGGCUGGGCUCUUUGCAUUCUACCAUGAUCAAGAUGGGAACCCCCUGACUUCAAGGUCUGCAGACGGCCUCCCACCCUUCAACUACAGUCUUGGGUUGUAUCAGUGGAGCGAUAAAGUGGUUCGGAAGGUGGAGAGAUUGUGGAAUGUUCGAGAUAAUAAGAUAGUUCGCCACACUGUGUAUCUCCUAGUAACACCGCGUGUUGUCGAGGAAGCUCGGAAGCAUUUUAACUGCCCAGUCCUAGAGGGAAUGGAGCUUGAAAACCAAGGUGGCAUGGGCACAGAGCUCAACCACUGGGAGAAGCGCUUGCUAGAGAAUGAAGCAAUGACUGGUUCUCACACCCAGAACAGAGUCCUGUCUCGAAUCACCCUGGCAUUAAUGGAGGACACUGGCUGGUACAAAGCAAAUUACAGCAUGGCUGAGAAACUCGACUGGGGCCGAGGAAUGGGCUGUGAAUUUGUCAGGAAGAGCUGUAAAUUCUGGAUCGAUCAGCACAGGCAAAAGAGGCAGGUGCCGAGCCCGUACUGUGACACGCUCAGGAGUAACCCGCUGCAGCUGACUUGCCGACAGGACCAGAGAGCCGUCGCUGUGUGUAACCUGCAGAGAUUUCCCAACCCCUUACCACCAGAGUACCAGUACUUUGAUGAGCUCAGUGGGAUAUCUGCCGAGGAUCUGCCUUACUAUGGUGGGUCAGUCGAAAUCGCUGACUAUUGCCCUUUCAGUCAGGAAUUCAGCUGGCAUUUAAGUGGCGAGUACCAGCGCAGCUCCGACUGUAGAAUACUGGAAAACCAACCAGAGCUGUUUAAGAACUACGGUGCAGAGCAGUACGGGCCGCAUUCAGUCUGUCUGCUUCAGAAGUCAGCGUUUGUCAUGGAGCAAUGUGAGAGGAAGCUCAGCUACCCAGACUGGGGGAGCGGGUGCUACCAGGUUUCUUGUUCUCCUCAAGGUCUAAAGGUUUGGGUUCAAGACACCUCAUAUCUGUGUAGCCGGGCAGGGCAGGUCCUCCCGGUUCGAAUUCAGAUGAAUGGCUGGAUUCACAAUGGAAACCUACUGUGCCCCUCCUGCUGGGACUUCUGUGAGCAGUGUCCACCAGAAACAGACCCUCCAGCUGCCAACCUGACCCGAGCCCUUCCUCUGGAUCUCUGCUCCUGUUCUUCUAGCCUGGUUGUCACGCUUUGGCUCCUCCUCGGCAAUCUGUUCCCUCUGCUGGCCGGAUUCCUUCUGUGUGUUUGGCACUAGGAGUGGAAAAGAGAAUUCUCCAGACAACAGUUUGGUCGUGUUCCCACGAACAGAGCACAGGACCUGGGUGAGCGCAAGCCAGGCAGAAAAUGCUGACGGCAGACAUGGCAUUCCGGAUUCUGGCUUGGAAGUGCUGUCCACAGUAGGACUGUGAAGAGUGGGUCACCGAGUGUGACUGCUCCAUGACAGUCACUGCUGACCAGCCACACAGCCACCUCGGAGUGUGGAGAGGAACUGCGCCAAGGUUCCUUAGGUCAUGGAUAUGCAACCUCGUGGCAGUUCUGCAGUUCUCGUUUAAGCCGGGUGGACGGUGGGGUCUGCCACGAUCACUUACCUCAGCAUGUGCAUUCAUCGAGCAUCCAUGAGCACCAAGGUCCCUCAGACAGCAGCUGAUGAGCUUGAGUCCAGAGUUUGAGUUGAGGAUCCUAUCAUCCAAAGUACAAAACUGGUCAUCAGGAUUUCAGAUCUCCCGCCACCAUCGCACAUGUUUUAAAUGAACAUCGGAUACGACAGACACCCUCAAGUCAUCACUCCUUGUCUGCUCGUGUUUGCCUUUCCUGCCAGCUGUGUGGCAGUUGGCUGAGCUGUGGUCAGUGGUGUUAGCGCUCUGCACUCAGCCGUCUCCACCUGAGCUUAGUGUCCACUCAUUUUCCUCAUUUAUUUCAUAGCAGCUUGGAAAACCAUGGGAGAGGGUGGAGUACAGUGUGCGGUCAGAGGGCUGAAAUCAUGCAAACAGAAGGCGGCAGGGUUAUACUUCAGAUAAUAUUUACAAAAUACAGUAAUUCAUCAAAACUCAACUGACCCCUUCUGGCCUGUGUAAAUGUUAAAGGUUUAGACCUGGACAGGCUUGCAGUUACUUCCAGAAGUACUGCUAAAUCACAAAGUUAUUUCAUAGACAAGAAGAAAAACUCGUUAAGACAAAGCCGUCUGAAUUGCUUCCUAGCUGCAGAGUACAGGUUUGGGGUCCAGCCUGCCCACCGGCCCAUCUGGACGCUGUUACAGCACUUGUAUAUUACCUCUGUUAACCUGUCACUUUCCUCCUGCGCUUGACCCUCCUGUACCACGUGGAUUCUGUGAAGCAGUUCUCCUGACCAACCAUCUGGGAACUUAACUUUGAAACUCUUUUUUUUUUUUUUUUAAAAAAAAAGAUGUUUAUUCAUUUUAUGUAUGUGAGUACACUGCAGCUGUCUUCAGACACACCAGAAGAGGGCAUCAGAUCCCACCUCAGAUGGUUGAGAGCCACCAUGUGGUUACUGGGAAUUGAACUCAGGACCUCUGGAAGAGCGGUCAGUGCUCUCAACCACUGAGCCGUCUCUCCAGGCCCACUUUGAAACUCUUUAACGAAAAGCGAUACCCUGUUUUUCUCCCUAAAGAUAAUCAAUUACUGUAGUGUUAUAAACAGACUUUGGGACCAGCAAGAUGGCUCAGUGGGUAAAGGUACUUGCCACCAAGCCUGAAGUCCUGAGUUUGAUUACUGGAGACCACUUGGGAAAAGAAAGGAACUGACUCCUGAAAGUUGUCCUCUAACCAACACAUGUGCAUGCACACAUGCACACACACACACACACACACACACACACACACGUAAAUGUAAAACAGUUUUAAAAUGAAACAUGACAUUUAGACACACUGGUCUUCCCUCUGUUCCACUUACCAUAUAGUUAUUUCGUGUUCUAGUUAAGACAUUUACUAGUGGAACCUGGUGGCCCAUGAUCCCAACACUUGGGAAGUAGAGGCAGAAGGAUUAUGAGUUCAAGGUCAUCCUCAGCUGCAUAGUAAAAUUCAAUUAUUGGCUACAUGAAAUACUGUCUUGGGAGUAGAUGGGAGAAUGGCUGUGUCGGGGACCAAGCACUGUGGAGUGAACAGCAAUGCUAACCAGCUGUGGUACCGCAGCAGCCUCAGAGUAAAGGAAAAUUCCCCUUCUUUUAAGAGUGGAACUUUGAAAUAUGUUCUUGCAUGCAGUGUAAGUUGGAGGGAUUCAUCACUGUGCAAAGCCGAGACUCCUAAACCCAGCCAACUGCAGCUAAAAUGGUCGUCAUCCUCAGACCAGUACACCGUGUUUGCCAGCGUUCUGCAUUCUCUAAGCUGUACAAAGUCAGAGAAAAGCGAGUAUGUUUCUAAAGAAAUAUGCAAUAUGCCAGCCACGGUGGCACAGGCCUUUAGUCCUAGCACUUGGGGUAGUGGAUACCUGAGUCUAUGACCAGCCUGGUCUACAAAAGUUCCAGACCAGCCAAUGUCACAUAGUGAGAGGAACCUGUCUAAAAAGAAAAAAGGAAAUACAUAUUAAACCUUGAUACCUAUGGUGAUUAUGAUUGAACCUACAAAAUGUAUAAAGAAUUUCACCAAAAAUAACAGUGGAGUGUCCUGAGAGUCCCUGGUAGGUUUGACGACAUUUCUACUGUCAUGAGGCAAUGCCAUCUAGGUAGUAUUGUUUCCAAGCGGUGCUUUUUCUACUUGAAAUAUAUUUUUGCUUUAUAUUUUAAUUAAUAUUAUAUUUGCACUAAUGACUUUCUGGAGAAAAUGUUACAGAUGACAUUUUUUGUAUAUACAUAUAUAUAUAUUUAUUUAUUAAGCUUGGAAUGUGGUGUCCCAGUAUUUUCUCUGCACAAGCGUGAAACUUCAUGCAGCCAGUGUCACAAAGCACUGGACUCCUGAGUGUUUCUAGCUGGGUUGUUUUGUCUCUUCCUCUUCAGUGAGCCCAGAGCAAGGUCACUGUCGCUUAUCAUUGAUCCUACAUGGUGUCCUUAGCAAGGCUUAGAUGGUCACCCAGCCAGGAGACAGUGUAAGAGGCUCAUUGUCAUCCCUUAGAAUAUAGCAACUAAGAAGUCGCUUCUGCAGUCGAGAUUUCAGUACAGGAUCAGCUGUAGAAUUCAGCUGUGAAGGGAAGAAUUUGAAUCAGCCUUCAUGCUAGUGAAUCCUUUCGCAUCGCAAGGACAAAACCAGUCACCCAUGGAAGGAACCGAGCAGGGUGCUCCAUGGUAGAAGUGAGCUGGGGCAGGAAAGAGAGGGGGACAGCUGAUCAGUAGACUGCAGACCCUUUCUGAAUCAGAAAUGUCAAUGUUUCUAAAGACUGACUACCUCGGUGCUCAGUUCAGACAUGUCCUUGUGAGUGUUUUAAGGUCCCAGGUGUCAAACAUAUCCAGUGAAUUGUCUCAGGUUUUUGCAGAAUUUACAGGAAGGAAGCCAAGCCAUGUGAGGAGCCUUGAGCAGGAUCAGGAAAGGAGCGGGACAGCCUUUGACAGUCUCUGUGUCGACUCCUUCGAUUUCUCCUGCAGAACAUCCUUCCAGUAAUACUUACAUUUUUCCUAUAGGAUUCUUAUAUUUUUAAGACCAAAUGGGGAUUCUAAAAAUGUUAUAAAUUAUACUUAGCAUUAGUUUUUAACCUAAGUUGGCUUAGAGUUUAUUGAAAUUUAGAUUUAAUUGUAUGGGUUGUAAAUAGUUUUAGGAAGAUACCUAAGUAAGUGUGUCAGAGUAUUUCUUGAAAUGUUAUCACCAGUCUCUUCAAUAUUAGAUUCACAGAGUCAGCUGGGCAUGGUGGUCAUGCUUAUAAUCCCAGCACUUAGGAGGUAGAGGCAGUAGGAUUAUGAUUUAAGACCAGCCUGGGCCUCAGAGGGAGACACUGUCUCAAUCCUACCCUUACCCUCCCUCCCCCCAAAAAAAUUAGCAUUCACAGCCAUGUAUACAGCAGGCUAGAUGGUUGGUCUGAAAUUUCACACUGUAAAGCCCUGAGACUAACACUUGACAAGGCCUAAGUCAUGGCUGGCCCUGCUCAGCCUCCUGGAGUCUCCAGCCUGCACAUUGUUCCAUGCCUGGCCUCGAUGACCAGAGGAGAGCCAGUCUCUGAAGACAGCUGAACUGUCCCAGCAUGAGGUGGACAUCACUCACAGUCUCACAGCUGGCUUCAUGGUGAGCACUGGUUCCCCUGACAUGACCUUUGCCCCUAGCCCAGGAGGCCUGAUGUGCUGUGCUCAAGCGAAGCUGCUCACUGUGGAGCCAGGGUCAAGCUGGAAAGGCUUUUCCCUUUUAAAUUAGGUUGGGACCGGGGAGGGAAUGCUUUUAUGUUUACAUUUUUAAUAAGAUAGAUUAAAAAUUGUUCUUUAUUUAUGGUGGUGAACUUGAAGUGUAAUGUAUUCCUUAGAAGAACAUGACUUUAAUAAAAAUGGAAACUAA